AUGGCGACAAGAUCUUGUUUUCUGAUAGAUUCACUUCUACACGAAAAACAAGUGAACGAACAACUUGCCGACGACGAGGAACCAAUUUCUCUCAUUAAAAAGUCAGUCCAAGAUAAUAGGAACUCAAAAAAAACGGCUUUUUACUGUAACUAAAGAUUUCUAAACAGCGUCGUGGAAGGCGUGAAAAACAACGUUUGUCUAGGCGUUCAAAAAUGCGCUGUUUUUUCCCGACAAAUCACUUAGACCUUGAAUAAGUUAUGAAGACUUCCAUUUACAGCGAUCAUUGCGAAACGGCUUCUUCUUCCUCCACACAAAACGACGACGACAGUGACAAGUCGGAAGUUGACAAUUCACCUCUACACAGAAUGAUAGCCAACAUGACCACUACCUCGCUGUCGCCACCACCCAAAGCUCCCACAGCUCAAGUAUGGACUUCCUCGAGAAAGAAAAAAAAAAGAAAAUUUGAGAAGCCGUCGACUUUGAUGCCUAGCGAAUACAUUUCACGGCUUCAACUUGUCCAGCAAGCUAUUCAAAUGAACGCCUUCGCCACUUUUCGCAACUCAAUCCCAUUGUCUUUCUUACCUCCGAUAGCUAAGCGUGAGUUUUAACAAAUCUUUUUCAUGGAUAAAAAGAUAAUCAAAGAUGUUGUGAAUGGGUAAUAACAAAAUUCUUUUCAGAAGCAAACCUGCCAGUUCGGAACGCCACUCGACGUAGUUCCACGGAUUUUCCAGCAAGAUCGAACUUGAAAAAGUAUCGAUGUGAUGUCUGCGAUAAGACUUUCAGUCGCAGCAAUACAUUAAUCACUCACAAGGUAAUACCAAUCCGAUUAACGUUUAAACUAUAAAAAAGUGUGCGUGUGAAAAUUUUAGGGUUUUGACAAAAUAUGUGAUUUCAUGAGGCUGUUGGGAACUUAGUGAGCAAUAAAAAGCACAAAUUUUAGUGGACUCAGUUCAAAGUCACAUUUUUUUUUUGUCAUAAUUGCUUUUCUUGAAUCUUUCAGAAAUCAGCCGUUUUUGACAAAUGAGGCUGAAUAAAUCAUGAAGAUAAAACCUAUUUCAAAUAAUGGUUUUUCAUUUGCUCAGAGCUAUUUCCGGCAGUUGAACUUCUGCGGGAUUAUGUUAUUAAACUGCGAAGGUUAAGUAGAAAAUUUUUUUUGAAUCACGAAUUCGGCUGAAUUGUCAUUUUUUUGAUUUGAAGGCUUUGGACUGCCCUCAAAAAAAGAUAUGAACUUUGAAGCUACUAUUCCGAAAGCAAUGAUAAUUGGUGAGAAAAUAAAAAAAGCAAACUUUAUAAAAAAGUUUUUUUUGAAGUUUCUUGAACACACCCAAACUUUUUUGUUGAAAAGAUUAGGGAAGUUUUGUUUUGCUACUGUCCUUCCAAGCUAUUUUCUCGACCAAUCAACAGCAUACUAAAAAAUGAGCGUGUCGGCAGAGGAGCCCCGAGGUAGGAGGGCGCUUCUCCUUUUGCCUUGCGACUGCACCUGGACACGGCCAUUCAUACGAAACACUCGCCUUUCAUAAACCGUUGAAUUAUGCAAAUUGCUGCCGUUCUUCUAACCGUUUGUUGCUCGUCUCUACUUGGUUAAACGGCUGCCGCUAAAAUAAUGCGACCAUGUUGAAAAAAACGGAAAAAAGAAAGAGGGAAAAACUUGAAAAUAUUAUUAUUAUUUGUUUCCUCGACAUUAGUCGGAAUUAUUUCCUCUCAAGUUAAUGGAGAUAGACAGUGCGUCAAAAAAAGAUUUUCAAAUUUGAAGUUUUUCUAAAAAAAUUGAAAUUUUUUUCACCAAAAAAAUCGUUCGAAAAAAAUGCAGUAUUAGAGUUCCGAAAAAAAUUAAAAAAAUUCACAAAUCUUUCAAUCAUCCGCAAUAAUGCAUUCGCUCUUUUGCAGUGAAUGUGAUUCUCAGAUGGCAACAAAAAGAAAUAAAAAGGAAAAACAGUAAAAAAAAAAUGUCUAGAAAUCAAAGUUUUCCAUCUCAAAUGUCAUCGCACAAAUGAGAUAUCCCGAGUUUCAGAAAUUUUCAAUUUCUACCCUCAAUCUCUUUUCAUUUUUGUUUAUGGGUACAUUGGUUAUAAUUUAUAAUUUCUCUUCAACCACUUUAAAACUGUCAUUACUAAAGAUAUAGGCCAUAUAAGUUCAAAUCUCUGGUCGUUAAGAACUGGUAUCAAUUUUUCUCGAUUCCGAACCUUUUUUUUUAAUUUUAAAACCAUAUCAUUAUCGUUAUUUUUUUCAGAGAAUCCACACCGGCGAGAAGCCAUUCAAAUGUGAACACUGUGGAAGAGCAUUCCGCCAGCCUGGGAAUCUCACUCGCCAUCGAUUGACCCACACAACGGUAGGCCAAAAUGCUCCUAUCACAAUUUUUUUAAUUGGGCCCUGAAUAUUUGCACUGUGAGUCAUUAUUACUCAUUUCCUUGUUUACUACUUUGAAUUUCUUUAUUUUUUUACGCACAAAUUAUUUUUUUGCGUGGGUGUGGCUACACUCUUUUUGAGCUCUUUCAGCCAUAUAUUAACUUCAACUCACUAAUUACCUAUAUUUAAAAAAAAGCCUGAGUUCAUUAUGACAAGCGGAAUCUCGAAUAAAACACUAGAUCUUCUUUUUUACGCAUUUGUGCCGCUUGGCAUCGACGCCCCAAGUCAAUGAGACAAGGUAUUAUCCUGAUAUCAGGAAAAAAUCAGUGAACUAGUUCUACUGACAUAACCGCCCUUGUGUGUGAGAAUUAUGAAAUAAAGUAUAUAAUCUAAUCAUCGAAAUUUUUUUUGUUUCAGGUAAAACCCUACGUUUGUGCGCACUGUGACAAAGCCUUCAACCGAGCUUCCAACCUGCACACUCACAUGCGAACCCAUUCUCUUAUGUAA